AUGAGCUCCUUCCUGUCUUGCGUUCCGAGCCUGAUUGAUGCUUUUUCCGCCGUCAGGACCUUCCUCACCGGUGCACUUUCAGCUUCCGAUGAAGCUGUCAAGACCACGAUCACCAGGUCCGGGAACACGAUCUACGAUUGGCGUGCCCUGGACUGUGGUACUCCGCCCCAAGGGCGAGAUAUCCCCCAGGUCGCGGAGACCACUGCAACUGAUGUGCUUGGAGUCUACACAUACGACCCGAAAGCAGCCAGCCAGGGAGGAUCACAUCAGCCACCAUCCGAGCCGGACGAGAGGUACACGGACGAUCCAACUCCAGAGCCGGCGCCCGUCAACAUCCAGAAUCUGUACAUCCUCCGACAAAAGGUUGAUGGAAGCCGUGAUGAAGCUGAUCACAUCUCAAACAUCGUGCCAGUCGACCUGAUGAAGGGGUUCUGCGGGGGCAUGGCCGUUCUCGAUCUGCCACCGGAAACGGUUUCCACACCGGUUCCCGGAUCGACGGCCUUCCCUUACCCAUCGAACUUCGACAGAAUCGUCCGACUCACGAACGGCCGCGGGUACUGCGAGGACUUCUACUCCAGAUACGAUACGGUCCUGCAGAGUUUUGUCGGGGGGGAUGCCGAGUUAGUCCUCCUGUACACUCCGGAUGGGGCGCGAGCCGUGCCAGCGCGGGAUCCCGGUCUACGACGCUCCACCAUGACCGCCGGUAACUUACUGGAAUGGUCUCAAGAUGAUACGGUCGGGAAGGGUACGAGCCAGAAGAUCACCCUCGCCCUCAAUAUCCCCCGCCAACAUCCCUUGCCGUGGGUUGCCGAGUGCGAGUCAGUCACCCCUGAACAGCAAGUGAGAGGCAUGGUUCAGAGGUCUUUCACACACAGGUGGACGGAGCCUGAGAUUGAGCAGAUGAUGGCUCGACAGAAUGUCGUCUAUGUGCCUCAAGAGGAAACCAUCCAAGAUUCCGCCACGCAGACUGGUGGAGAGUCCGCGCCCUUGGCGGUCGAGGAUCCGGAUGUGGGGAGCGCGGAAGGAUUCAUCACAACAUCUCAUCUUCAGCACGCUUUGUCGAUGCGGGAGGAGAUGAAGGCCUACUUGCAGAAGGGCGAACAACGUACGGGCUGGUUUUCCUGA